AUACCUUCUCCUCUUCUUUUAUAUACAAUGCUUCCUGCCCGGCACGUGGUUCUGUUUCUUUUCCAUCACUGUCCCUUGAAAAUCGGCGAUGGCGGAUUGGACCCAACUUCCCCAGGAACUCCUAGACCUUAUUUCCAAACGUCUAGACACCUCCUACGAUGUCAUCCGUUUCCGUUCCGUUUGUUCCACGUGGCGGUCCUCCGUUACAACCCCCAAACGCCACCGCUUAGCUCCUCGUUUCCCGGUCCUUCCCGAUGAGGGUGGCAUGGUGAAUACCUCCUUCGGGUUUUCCCUCUCAAAACGCACCGUAUUCCUCCUUCAAUCACCCGAAACCAAUAUCGAAACGGACACUUUGACCUCCUGGGUAAUCAAAAUUGAAGAAGAUGUGCCAAAAAACAGAAUUCAGCUGUUGAAUCCUCUCUCAAGGUCCGGUUUCGAUUCUCUCCCUGAUAAUUUUCCCAAAUCUUUGAACUUGUUGGAAUUUAGAGUUUUUGAAUUGGGUGAAGAAUACGUGCUUCAUUAUUUAAAUCACCUUAGUUAUCUAGGUGAUGUGGGAAACUUGUACAUGGAAAAAGUUGUUUUAUCUUGUUUAGAUAAUAAUGCUAAUGAUUUUGUUUUACUUACAAUUCAUGUUUCUGGGAAAUUAGCAAUGUUUAAAUCUAUUGAUAAGAAAUGGACUAUAAUUCAAGACAUGCCUUCUCCUUAUGAUGAUGUGAUAUUGCAUGAAGGGAAUUUUUAUGCUGUUGAUAAUACUGGUAGGACAGUGCUUGUGGCAUUGGAUUUUGAGAUAAGUGUGGUUGGGAUGCCCGUGUUUGGUGGAGACAAGAAGUUUUUGGUUGAGUCCAAGGGUGAGUUAUUGUUGGUUGAUAUGUAUUUGAGCAUUGAAGCCGAGGAGGGUUCGUGUUCAUGGGCAGGUUUAGGGUUUGUUGAGGAGUAUUUUGAGAAUCUUGCUUUUUAUAUGAAUGAAAGGACAGUUAGGUUUAAGGUUUUUAAGUUGGAUGAAGUUGGUAAGGAGUGGGUUGAUGUUAAGAGUUUGAACGGCCGUGUGUUGUUUUUGGGUGAUGAUUGUACCUUCUCUGCCUCAGCAGAAGAUUUGUCUGUGUGUAGAGGGAACUGCAUAAUUUUUGCGGAUAAUUGCUUUUAUUCACUUGGGGUAGAAGAUGGAUCAUCGGAGCGUUGUGAUGUAGGUGUGUUUGAUUUGGAAAACGGUUCUAUAGGACCAUUACAGAAGUUUCCUCAAUUUUCCAAGGUGUUCUGGCCACCACCUCGUUGGAUUUCCUCAACAACAUUGGAUGCACAAAAAAACAUCGGAGAAUCGGCCUAGCACAUACUGUACUUCUGCUUCAUGGUUGAAUUCUAUAUUCCUGGUUAUCUACCUACGGUUGCUUUUCAUAUACACCAUUGUCAUUUGAUGUCUCUGGCUGCUCAAUCAGAGCACAUCUAACCAAAAAUCUGUGUUCAUUUGGAUUUGGUUAUUUGUGGGGCAACAGAAGCAACUACCAUGACAAGGAAAGCUUUUGAUCAGUAGGGAGUUUCCAGUUCUAACUAAAACAUUUAAGAUGAAUACUUUCACCUGCCAAUAGUGACUUGGCAGUUUUCCAUUUCCUUGCAUAUUUUUCUUUUCUUUUUCAUCUUUGAGCAUGUAGUAUGAAUUUAAUGUCCUUUCCUUUCAGGAUAAAGAUUUAGUAGGGUGUAUCUUUUUCCCUUCGUAUUCUUUAAUUUUAAUUGUUUAUCCUGUCAAAUUACAAAUACAUGUGUACAGAUUUUGUGCCAGUGGUGAUUUAAUGCAUAAGAAUUUAAAUAAUUGAUAUCUUAGUGUAAGCAGCAGCUGAAUGUGAAAAUAUAUCAGUAGAUAAAAAUAAUUCUGUAGUCUGUAUAUGAAUAUCAUUGUAGAUGUU